AUGGUCAAACAGGUCGAAGUCAAAAACUCUCCCGAUAACGAUAAGCUUAGAGAAGAUCAGAAGGCUGUAGGUCUGGAAAUUGGUAUUGACAAGGAUGCAGUCGUCUCUUCCAUCGCUCAAGGUGCAGAGGAUGAGAUACUUGUCAUCAAUGAUAGUAUUGACGACAUUGUAAACCCCGAGAGAAGCUGCUUCGACAGUAUCCUGGCAAGUGUUUUCGAGGUGGUAUGCUCGGGGCCUCUCCAAGAGAGAGUUGAAGAGUUCAUGCAACAUCACUGUCACGAGUUCAAAUACGAGAAGACACCAGUAGUUGAUAACGAUGCUCCAGAGUACAAGCACGAACACUAUGUGUUGUUUAAGAGGCUGGGGAGCGAAGUAGACAGCCCCAAUGCUGGCGGUUGGAUCAUGCAAACCGAGGAGGUAUUCGAUUUCCUCCUCUCCUUGGUUGACUUCGAGGCAUUCCGUAAUGACAUGAUAUCCACGGCGAUGCAUGGUCAAGAUCUUUAUCUCCGAGGGAGUCCCGCUGCUGUGGUUGCUGAAGAUUAG